GGAAGGCGUCGCGUCGCGCCGAAUGUGCGUGUGAAAGUAAUCAACAAUAAAUGUCAUGGCAUAGGGAUAUGUGAAAACUGUGUCAAACAGUUGGCAAGGAAGCGCGAACAAGGCAGAGCGCUCCAGCAGUGAUAAAUGCAAAUUCAAUUUGCACUCAAAUUACGACACGGCAAAUUGAUUUUAUAAAAUCGGCAGUGACAACUUGUGUGUAUUUUGUGUUGUCUGUCUAAUGGACAUGAUUGCAAACUGAAACUGGUGUGCAGCCGUCGUUGUUAAUCGUUUUGUUAGUCCAAAAUGUUAACACUCUAUUACGUGAGCGCCACUUUUGUGCAAUCCUGGCGCAUUCAAAGGGCAUGCAACAAAAUUGCCGAGCAGUUAGCGCAAUCAUCGAGCAUUGCAUUCUACGCGCUUCAACCGGGCAACGAUGAUGGCUUCGAUCCCACAUUUGCCAGCUCGGAGCUGUGUGGUAACCGUAAUGCGGCCAAGGUCACGGAUAUAUUGUGGUUGCGUGGCAACCAACGCGGUUGCUGUCUGCGUCCAUUGCAAGCGUUGCAAAUUACGCCAUGGAUUAGCUUCCCCUCGGCGCCUAGUCUUUUGCCCUUUGCCUAUGCCGCCGAGACGGCAACGCCAACAACAACGCCAACGGAAGCACAACCGCAAUCCAGGAUUACUUUGUCAUCCGAUAAGACGCAACACUUGCACUUGCUAGUCGAGUCACAGGUCGAACCACAACGAGAAAACAGUGCACCACACACCACAAUGGUGCGGCUGGAAGAUUACGGUAAGCUAAUUGCAUGGAAAAUUGACUCCCACCUGGCGGUGCUCAUCGAAACGGAUAUUGAGCAUUUCACAAAAUUAUUGAUAAUGACAUUUUUACAAAACAAUUUAUGCAUAAAUGAUAACUUGCCACUCCUGAGGAUUGAGUCUGUUGAGCGAGAGGGACAACCUCAACCCUUUGAACUCCUUGCCAAUCAUCUGAAGCGUCAAUCUCGAAAUGUGGCUGAAAUAAAUGCUGAGAGCUGGCAGAAGCACUUAAAGGAUCUACGCGCUCUCAGCGUGCUGGCUCAUCAGGCAACUGAGUUUGAGACUCAAAAGAAUCGGACAGAGGGCAAGACGGGUUUACUUAAACAGGAGCUGGUCAGCCAACGACAGCCAGAGCAGGCAGCUCCAGCAGCUGUGCAAGUCAAGGCGGUAGCUGUUGUAGAGCCCACGACUAAGGCAACAUCUCCCGCCAAAUCCACGCAACUGAAGCAACCAUCGCCAGUGCAAAGUCCAUUAAAUAAGCACAGUGAGUUGGAGAAGAUUGCUGCCACCAAGGUCACACCACGUCAGCAGCCUGUGGAAGUUCAGGAUAAUACUUUCACGCCUGUUAUGGCCACGCCAGCGGCGAAAACUUCAACACCCAACAAGAGCUUUGUGGCUGUCAAGCCGAGUUCUCCUCCACCUACGCCGGCGCCAGCACCAAAGUUAACGCCAACGCCAACUCCAGCUCCAGCAGCUGCUACUUCUGCCUCACGGCCUCGUCCCAUUCUGCGACGUAACAAGGAUAGUCUGGGCGAGAGUAAGCCCCUCAAUGUGCUUGUCUAUUCGGAUAGUGCUAGUGCACGGGAAUCGGCGAUUGCAACUCUCCGACAGCUUCUAGAGCGGGAUGUGUACACCAUUUAUGCGUUAACACCACAACAGGCGGCUCAAAAGUUUUGGAUGGAACAGACAGCUCUGUUGGUUGUCUGCGGUUCUGUUGCAACGACUGUUGGCCAGAUAUUGGUUGACUACUUUUUACAUGGCGGCAAGGUCUUGAGUCUCUGUUCGGAUAUUUUACACUUCAUCUUGCCCAACUAUCGCACAGCAGAGGUGCGGGAGCAUGAGUUGGUUCAGUUUUCCUACGACAAAUGGCAGAGGGUCAAGAUGAUGCAUCACAUCUUUUGUUAUCAGCCUUCGCCGGUUAAGAAAAACUUUUCCACGGAUAGCGAAGAGUCUACUGGUCAAAGUCAUUCGCGUAAACCAGCUCUAGUAUGUCCAAGGUCCAUGGAACUAAAGGAUCUCGCCGGUCAAACCCACAAAUUGGAUGUGAAAGUGCUGGGCACCGAGGAAAUCUGGAACACGCCCAGUUUAAUGCUGGCCAACAGCCUGCAAAGCGGUGGCAAGGCCGUCUUCUCACAGGUGCAUCUGGAGACGAAUCCCAGCGAGUUUGAAUUUGAUGAAGAGAAAUUUACAGUUCUGAAGCAGAAUGAAAGCACUCGUCUGGAGAUCUUUACGGAUCUCUUGCGCAAGUAUUUGGGAGUGCAGGUGCGGGACAGUGCAUCCGCAGAUCCAACUGCCACUGGAGUCGUCUUCAAGCAGGCCUAUUUCUUGGGGCGACAUGAGUCGAAAUUCGAAUUGCUGGAGAAGCUACGACUACGUUGCACCGGCACUGAACAUGUCAUCGUCACGCCCAAGCUGACCAUGAAGUUCUGUGGCCAGGAUGAUAAGACUCCAGUGGCAAACACAAAUGUAUUACCAAUUUUAAUACAUUCCUGUCCCGAUGAUUUCUCCACUGUUGAUUACUUUGAUAAUCUGAAAACGGAGCACAUUGGACGCCUGGUGAUCUAUGCACCCGUCGUCAGCAGUUCAAUGCAUGUGAUCAACGAUCUGGAGUUGGUUCAUGGCAUUGCUGUGCUGCCCCUGCAACAGACUGCAGGCGUAGGCCGCAGUUGUAAUCAGUGGCUGAGUCCCUUGGGUUGCGCAAUGUUCUCCACACAGCUGCACAUUGCCACGGAUACGGCACUGGGAAGUCGUCUGCCCUUGAUACAGCAUAUUAUAGGGGCUGCUAUAGUGAAUACUCUGCGAGGCCAUCCGCUCUAUAGGGUACUUGAUAUUGCUUUAAAAUGGCCAAAUGAUAUUAUUGCUAACGGAAACUACAAAAUUGGCGGACUAGUCGUGAAUACUACAUUAUUGGGUUCGUUGGCAAUUGUGAAUAUUGGCAGCGGUAUUAAUCUAAGCAAUUCAAAGCCAACCGUUUGUAUUAACGGUAUGAUUAAUGAGUAUAAUGUGCGAAUGCCUGAUUCUAAAUUGCCACUACUGAAGUAUGAGCAAUUUAUUGCUCUAGUUUUUAAUGAAAUCGAAAGAAUUUUGGCAGAUGUACAAAACGGAAAUUUUGAGACUUUCUACGCCUUGUACUACGAACUCUGGCUGCAUAGUGAACAAAACGUUAAGAUUUGCCUACAGAAUGAUCAAGAAAAGGAUGCUAGCAUUGUGGGUAUCGAUGAUUAUGGUUUCUUAAAAGUGAAACUAGCAAACGGCAAAAUCGAGACCGUGCAACCUGAUGGCAAUAGUUUUGAUAUGCUGAAAGGAUUAAUAGUACCUAAAUAUAAUUAGAUAAAUUUGCAAAGGAAUUCUUAUAAUACAAACUUAUUUAUUCUUCUCUAUUUUUAUGUACACAUACAUACAUAAUUGAAUUAACAAUAGUUUGUAUUUUUAGGAGCAUUUAGAUUCAUUUAUUAUCAAAUAUCCAAAUAUACAUGUAAACUUAACCUAUUUACAAAUUCAUUCACUUAAAGUGAAUGUUGUGCAAAAGCUUAGAAUUUAUACUUUAAACGGUGGUAAAUGCAACCAACUAAUAUUUUAAUUAUUUAGCACACUGCCAAUACUUUGUGUCUUUCUAUAUGUAUGUAUUUCGGAAAUAACAUAAUCAAAAAAAUUCAAUAUUAACCAGUAAAGUUGCAAUUCUACCAGUGUUUUCAAAAUUUAUAUAUCUUCAAUUUUGAAAUUACUCAUAAUCGUUCCUUAUUAAAUACCAAAUUAUAAACUAACAGCUUCCCUAAUAUAUGUGUUUACCAGAAUGAAGUUUAAUAAAAUCAUACAAACAAAAAAAA